AUGAAGAUAAUUAUAUAUUUUUGCAUUUGGGCAGCAGCAUGGGCUAUUCCAGUUCCUCAAAUCAAGCCACUGGAGAGACAUGCUGUUGACAAAUCUACAAAUUUAAAUCUUCUGGAAAAAGCAAAAGUGCCAAUACAGGAUGAGUUAAAUGCCAAUGAUACCACUGAAGAAAGUGGUGACCCCCAUGAAAAUGAAAGAGGAAGGCAACAAUAUACUAGAGAUGGUUACAAAGAAGAAAGAAAUGGCUCUGAGUGGGUGGAAAUAGGAAGGAAAAGUUCUUCUACAGAUUCCAUGUUAGUAAAUGAUGAGGGGAAUAGUGUGGACCAAAAUGGGGUCACAGGAAAACCAGAAACAUAUGGUUAUGAUGGGAUACAUGGAAAAGAAGGUAGCACCACAGCAAAUGGCAUCAGGGGACAAGUAAGCAUCAUUGGCAAUGCUGGAAUAGCAAAUGGAAGCAAUAUUAAUAGAAAUGCUGAUAAGAAUUUAAACAAUGGAAGAGUUGUUGGAGAUGCAAGUCAGAGUGAGAAUGUCACUGUUGUCCAAGAAGAAGACCAUCAAAUAGGUAGAAGCAAUAACAGUACAGGCCAUGAGGAUGAAAUAAAUAGGAAUGCCUGUAGAAAUGAGGGUGAUACAAGUGAAAUAACACAUCAGAGAGAAAGUGAGGGAAAUGGGAAUCAGGAGGCAGAAGUAACACCAGGAAGAAGUGGAGCUGGCAAUGGAAAAGAUGCUGGCCUGGAUAAUUCUGAUGGGAGUCCUAGUGGAAAUGGAGCAGAGGAGGAUGAAGAAACAGGUUCUGGUGAUGAUGAAGGUGAAGAGACAGGGAAUGGAAAAGAGGGUACUGAUAACAGGAAGGGCCAAGAGGGUCAGCCUCAUGGAAAAGAUGACAAUGAUAACAGCUUAGGUCAAAAUUCAAUUAGUAGUGAAGAUGAUGACCCAGAAGACAAAGAAGAUCCCCAUGACAUCGAUGGAGACAACACCUCCAAGAGUGAGGAGGAUUCUGAUGGUAUUUCUAAAGACAAAGUUAGCCCAAUAAUAGAGGACAUGCAAAAGCCCAAUUACGAAGAAAACAAUGCUGUGGAAAAGAAAAUCACUGAUGAAUCAGAGCUAGGUGCUACUGGGAAGAGUCAAGAUCAGGGAAUAGAAAUGGAAGGUCCCAGUAGUGGCAACAGAAACAUUACCAAAGAAGCUGGGAAAGUCAGUGAAGAUAAAGAGAGUAAAAGACAACAAGGAAUGGUCAUGGGGAAAGGAAAUGUCAAGACACCAGGGGAGACUGACAACAUACAAGGGCUUAGUCAGAAAUCAGAACCUGGAAAUAAGGUUACACGCAGCAAAACAGGUAGUGAAAGUAAUAGUGAUGGAUAUGACAGUUACGAGUUUGAUGACAAAUCUAUGCAAGGAGAUGAUCCCAACAGUAGUGAUGACUCUAACAGCAAUGAUGAUGCUGAUUCUGAAGGUGACAAUGACAGCAAUAGUCAAGGAGACACUGGUUAUAACUCUGAUGAAUCAAAAGAUAAUGGCAAUGACAGUGACUCAAAUGGAGGAGGUGAUAAUGACAGUGAUAGCACAUCAGAUGCUAAUGAUAGUGACAGUAAUGGCAAUGGUAACAACAGGAGUGAUGCCAAUGGCAAAUCAGACAGCAGCAAAGAUAAAUCAGACAGUAGUGACAGCAGUGAUAGCAGCGACAGCAGUGACAGCAGUGACAGUAGUGACAGUAGUGACAGCAGUGACAGUAGUGACAGCAGUGACAGUAGCAACAGCAGUGACAGCAGUGACAGCAGUGACAGUAGUAACAGCAGUGACAGUAGCGAUAGUAGUGACAGCAGCGAUAGCAGUGACAGCAGCGAUAGCAGUGACAGCAGUGAUAGUGAUAGCAGUGACAGUAGCGAUAGCAGCAAUAGCAGUGACAGCAGUGACAGCAGUGAUAGUGACAGUAGUGACAGCAGUGACAGCAGCGACAGUAGUGACAGCAGCGACAGCAGUGACAGUAGCGACAGCAGUGACAGUAGCGACAGCAGCGACAGCAGUGACAGUAGCGACAGCAGCGAUAGCAGCGACAGCAGCGACAGCAGUGACAGCAGUGAUAGCAGCGACAGUAGCGAUAGUAGUGACAGCAGCGACAGCAGUGACAGUAGCGACAGCAGUGACAGCAGUGAUAGCAGUGACAGUAGUGACAGUAGUAACAGCAGUGACAGUAGCGAUAGUAGUGACAGCAGCGACAGCAGUGACAGCAGCGACAGCAGUGACAGCAAGUCAGACAGUAGUGACAGUAGUAACAGCAGUGAUAGUAGUGACAGCAGUGACAGUAAGUCAGAGAACAGUGACAGCAGUGACAGCAAGUCAGACAGUAGUGAAAGCAAUGAUAGCAGUGACAGCAGUGAUAGCAGCGACAGUAAAUCAGACAGUAGUGACAGUAGUGAUAGCAGUGACAGUAGUGACAGUAGUGAUAGCAGUGACAGCAGUGACAGUGACAGUAAAUCAGAUAGUAGUGAUAGCAGCAACAGCAAAUCAGAUAGUAGUGACAGCAGUGAUAGUGACAGCAGUGAUAGCAGCGACAGUAAAUCAGAAAGCAGUGACAGCAGCAAUAGCAAAUCAGAUAGUGACAGCCGUGAUAGCAGUGACAGUAGUGACAGUGACAGUAAAUCAGACAGCAGUGACAGCAGCAAUAGCAAAUCAGAUAGUAGUGACAGCAGUGACAGUGACAGCAGUGACAGCAGUGAAAGUGACAGCAGUGAUAGUGAUAGCAGUGACAGCAGCGACAGCGACAGCAGUGACAGCAGCGACAGCGACAGCAGUGACAGCAGCGACAGCAGCAAUGGUGACAGCAGUGACAGCAGUGAUAGCAACAGCAGUGACAGCAGCGACAGCAGCAAUGGUGACAGCAGCGACAGUGACAGCAGCGACAGCAGCGACAGUGACAGCAGUGACAGCAGCGACAGCAGUGACAGCAGCAACAGUGACAGCAAUGGCAGUAGUACUGGUACAUCUAACAGUAAUAAGAGUCACAGCAAGACCAAGUCCGGUAAUGGCAACAAUGGAAGUGACAGUGAGAGUGACAGUGAAGGCAGUGACAGCAAUCACUCAACCAGUGAUGAUUAG